UCGUCGUCGUUGUCGUCGUUGUAAUCGUAACGGUAGCAAACUCGCUGUCCGAAAACUCAAAAAUAGCUAAGGCGUGUUAGUCAGUGCGACGAUGUCGACGGGGAACGACGACGGUUCGGCGGUAAGAUUCGGUCGGUGGUGUUGGUGCUGGCGAAGAAGAAGGCGGAGUAGCAUCAUUUUGAGCUCCUCCUUCUCCUCAUUUAUAUCCUUAAAAACGAUGUUAAUCACUUUGACCGUCUUCCUCGCGAUAACGGGCACGAUCGGUCGCGUCGACGCCGUCGCAAGGACGAAACAACAUGACGAUUCUUCAGGGUCUCGGGGUGGUGGUAGGACCGGUGGUGCUAACAAGGACGGCGAAUCUGUGAUCGAAGAAGUCACUGCCAAACAACUCGAGAGAAUCCUUAACGAUAAGGACUUCGUUGCUGUGUUUUGGUAUGCGAGAAGCUGUACGACGUGCGAUAAAGUAUUAGCCGAAUUGGAAAAAAUAGAUGAUGAUACGGAUCACUUUGGAGUCGAUUUUGUCAAGAUCAACGAUAAAAGAGUUGCGAAACAAUAUGGAAUUAAAAAUUUCCCUGCUCUCACGUAUUUCCGUGAGAAAGAACCGAUUAUAUACGAUGGAGACUUGAUGGAUGAAGAAAACGUCUUAGAUUUUCUUACCAGUUUAGAGGCAAUGGAUUUACCAGAUCGGAUAGAAGAAGUAAAUGCUAAAAUUCUGGAUAAAAUCGUCGAAGAUACGGAAUUCGUAGCGGUUCUUUUCUGUCCGGAUACGCAGCGGUGUGCUGGCGCCGGUUCUAACAAGCCAGACUGCAAGAAAUGCUUGAAAGCACUUCAAGAAUUGGAGAAUAUCGAUGACGAAGCUGAUCAAUUGGGUAUUGGUUUUGUCAAAAUUGCUGAUGAACAGCUUGCUGAAGAAUAUAAUCUCGGACCCUUACCGGCUCUCGUUUACUAUAGACACCAAAUUCCCAUUAUUUACGAACACGAGCUAAGCAGAGAGGAAGACGUAUUAGAAUGGUUAGUAGCAAAUAAAAGUACAGGCGAUGAAGAAGACGUUAUCGAAGAUGUUACAUCAAAAACGCUGAACACGUUGAUUGGAAAUAUCGACAAUCUAGUCGUUUUGUUUUACGAUCAUGGAGACGAGGAUUCGAUGCAAGUAUUGAACGAGCUUGAAAAAAUAGAUGACGAUUUGGACAAACAUGGUAUACAAUUCGUCAAGAUCGACGAUGAAAAAGCAGCGAAGGAGUUUGGUUUAGAUUCUGUACCAGCGAUUGUUUAUUUUGAAAAGCAAAUCCCAAAUGUUUAUGACGGUGACGUCGAAAACGAGGAUGAGAUUUUGGAAUGGUUGUUAUCACAAUUAGAAAAGGACGAGAUAGAAGAUGUUACCGACGAGAUGUUGGAUCGUUUGAUAAAAGAUGGGAAAACAUUGGCUGUUCUAUUUUACGAUAACAACGAUCGAAAGUCACAAAGGAUUUUAAACGAAUUGGAAAACAUCGAUGACGAGUGCGAUCAAUUGGGUGUGAUCUUCGUUAAGAUCGAUAACCCUGAAGAAGCUAAGGAAUAUGGUAUCGAGAAAGUACCAAGUAUGCUUUAUUUUGAAAAAGGAAUACCAACGAUGUACGAGGGUAAUUUGGAGGACGAAGAGAAGGUAUUGAAAUGGUUGGAACAACAACAAAAGAGCGAACAAAUAGAGGACAUCACCAACGAGAUGUUAGACAUGGUUAUUGACAAAAUGCCGCACGUAGCCGUACUUUUUUAUGACAAGGAUCAAAAGAAAAGUCAAAAGGUGCUUGGCGAAUUAGAAAACAUUGACGACGAUUGCGAUCAACAUAAUAUAGCUUUUGUCAAGAUCCAUGAUUUAGAGGAAGCUAAGGAAUAUGGCAUUGACAACCUUCCAACUUUAGUUUUCUUUGAAAAAAGAAUACCACACAUUUACGAAGGUGAUCUAAUGAACGAAGAUCAAUUAUUGGGAUGGUUGUUACAUCAGAAAAAACAUACUGAGAUACCUGAAGUUACGGAUGAAAUGAUGGAAAAGCUUAUUGAAACUUCGCCUUAUCUUGCUGUUCUUUUUUACGACAAAGACGAUAAGCAGGAUAUACGUAUUCUAAACGAAUUAGAAAAUAUCGACGAUGAACUCGAAAAGGAAGGCAUUGUUAUCAUUAGAAUGGAUAAUGAUGUUGAGGCAAAGGAGUAUGGUAUCGAUCAUCUUCCUACUUUAGUUUAUUUCGAAGAUAAGAUCCCAGCUAUUUACGAAGGUGAUCUUCUCAACGAAGACGAAGUUUUGGAAUGGUUGAUCGAACAAAAAAAUACUGCCACGAUCGAAGAGGUCACGGAUGAGAUUCUAACUGAUCUCAUAAACGAACACGAAUAUGUUGUGGUGUAUUUUAGUGGAAGCUGUGACGAAGGUGAAAGCUGCGAUAACGUUCUUUUAGAAUUAGAAAAUAUCGACGACGAGUUAGACGAAGCUGGUAUUAUUUUCGUGACGACGGAAGAUAUGCCACUUGCCAAGAAAUAUGGUAUUAGAAGCUUCCCCACUUUGGCUUUCUUUAGAAAUAAAGAACCUUUGAUAUAUCCUGGUGAUCUUGGAGACGAGGACGAAGUUCUGUCCUGGAUCACGGACGAAAAUACACUGGAGAUACCAGGGAAGAUCGAAGAGGUUAAUUCCAAACUGUUGGAAAAUAUUUUAGAUGAGAACGAUUAUGUUGUUGUUUUCUUUUAUAAGGAAGGUGACAAAAAGAGUCAGAAAAUUCUUCAAGAGUUAGAAAACAUUGACGACGAGUGCGAAGAGAAGAAUAUAGAUUUUGUUAAAAUAUCCGACGAAGGCAUUGAAAAGGAAUACGAUUUACCUGGGCUACCAGCUCUUGCAUUUUACAGGAACAAAUUUCGUCAGUUUUAUACAGGAGACAUGAUGCACGAGGAAGCUAUUUUAGAUUGGGUAUUAGAUCUUCGAAGUUCCACGCCCGAUGUUAUCGAGAGCGCUGAUAGAAAAACAUUGCAAAUGCUCAUUAAUGAUGUGGAACAUCUUGCUGUAUUUUUCUACGAUGACGAUUGCGAUACCUGUGCAGAAAUAUUGGAGGAAUUAGAAACGAUUGACGAUGAUACAGAUAAGCACGGGAUUCAGUUCGUCAAAUCGAACGAUGCUAAAUUGGCAGCCGAGAUCGGUGUCUUCUCCUUUCCAGCACUGAUUUACUACGAGACCGGUGUUCCAAUCAUGUACGACGGUAAUCUUCUCGACGAAGCUGAAGUUCUCGAUUGGAUGGUGAAACAGAAAACCGAUGAGAGCAUCGAGGAGAUUGAUCGAGAGACUCUAAUGAAGUAUAUUGAUACGAAGGAAUUUCUCGCAGUUAUUUUUUACAAAGAAGAAGAUCCAGAAAGUCCUCGAGUACUCCGGCACGUCGAGUUGAUCGACGACGAAGCUGCUGAGUAUGGAAUAAAAAUAGUUCGUAUGAAGGAUCGUUUAAUGGCGAAAAAAUAUGGUUAUCGAAACCCACCUGGUAUAACUUAUUUCCGAAAAGGUAAAAGUACGAAUUACGAUGGUGAUAUAGACGACGAGGAAGAGAUCCUUGAUUGGUUAACCGAUCCUAAUAACAUGGAAUUAACGGAUCAUAUCGAAAGAAUUAACAAGAAGAUGUUUCAUAAAAUACGUCAAUCUACCGACUACUUGGCUGUAUUUUUUUACAGCACCGACUGUAAACAAUGUAGUAGAGUUCUGGCAGAGAUCGAGCAUAUUGACGACGAAGCUGAUAGUGCCGGAAUCAAAUUUGUGAAGAUCGACGACAAGGAACUUGCCAAACAUUACGGAGUAUUUGCAUUACCAGGAAUACUUUUUUUCAAACUGACAUCGAAAGAACCGGUGAUAUUUGCUGGAGAUCUCUACGACGAAGAACAGAUUUUGCAAUGGUUAAUGACGCAAAAGGAUCCAUCGGGCGAGGCAAUCGAAGUUUUGGAUGGAGAAGAACUUCUGAAUCUAAUUCGAGAAUCCGAAUCCUUGGCCGUAUAUUUCUGGAACAGAACGCUUUGCGACAUGUGUCAAGCAAAAAUGCAUCGCAAGCAGACACGGCACAAGGAGCACAGGAUCAACGAACACGAGACAACCGAGGAUGUUGACGAUCUCGACAAUUGCGAACAAUGCACUGGAAUCCUAGAAGAAUUAGAAAAUAUUGACGACGAUUGCGACAGACACGGUAUCACUUUUAUAAAGACACAGGAUCACAAAGUGGCAGAGGAUUACGGCGUUACUGAUUUUCCAGUCCUCGUUUAUUUUGAAAAUCAAAUACCCAAUGUAUUCGAAGGAGACUUGGCCGUAGAAGAGGAAGUAUUGCAGUGGCUGAUCACACAGAAAACUGAGGAUCGCAUUGAACUGAUAACUCGAGUGAUGUUGGAAGCCUUUGUUGAAGAAACACAGUAUCUUGCUGUUUAUUUCUACAAGCAAAACUGUCACAUAUGCGACGAAAUAUUAGAAGGUUUAGAAAGAGUCGACGACGAAUGUGACGUCUUUGGUAUACACUUGGUUAAGAUUCAAGAUCCACAACUAGCGAAAAGAUAUUCCAUUAAAACUUUUCCUGCUCUAGUUUACUUUCGUAAUGGCAAUCCUCUUUUGUUCGAAGGAGAUCUCCAAAACGAGGAGUCAGUUUUGGAAUGGUUGAUCGAUGAUGAAAAUCGUGAAUUGGCUGAUGAGAUUGAAUCUGUCAACGAAAGAAUGUUAGAGAGACUAUUGGACGAGUCGCCAUUUCUGGCAGUCUUCUUUUACGACGAAGAUUGUGCAGAGUGCGACGAAAUUAUGGAAGCAUUGGAGAAGAUCGACGGUGAAGCUGAUCUUUUUGGAAUCGAUUUUGUAAAGAUAUCGAGUACUGAAACUGCUGAGAAAUAUAAUAUUAUGAAUGUACCAUCCUUGGUAUAUUUUCGUAAGAGAACUCCUCUUAUUUACGACGGUGAUCUCACCCAAGAAGAUAAAAUUUUACAAUGGCUCACUUCCCAAGAUGUUUUUGAGAUAAAGAAUGAAAUCGAAGAAGUUAACAAGAAGAUGCUCGACAAGUUGUUAGAUGAAAAUGAAUUCCUCGCUGUUUUCUUUUACGAAUAUAACAAUACGGAGAGCGAGAAAGUUCAUGAAAAAUUAGAAACGAUCGACGGUGAAACGGAUAAUUUAGAUAUAACGUUUGUCAAAAUGGCUGAUCCGAGGUACGCACGAAAAUGGGGUGUCACCAAGCUUCCAGCUAUCGUUUACUUUCGUAAACGUUUUCCCAGCAUUUACCGAGGUGAUCUUCACAAAGAAAAUGAAGUUCUCGAGUGGCUUCGCAAAAACAGAUACCGUCAACCAGAAUUAAACAUCUACAUGUAUAUAUUAAUAGCGACUACAGUGGUCUUUGCGAUGUACACUGGUUUCCUGCUUUCGUGUUUCCGAUCAGAACCAUCGACUACAACGCCUCAUCCAAAGCAAGCUUGAAAAAUAUUUUCUGUCGAUAUCUGAAAAUAAUUAAAAAGAAAAUAGUACGAUUAAGUUGAAUAAUGAUGAGCAAAAAAGGAAAAAAAAAAAGAAAAAUAAGUAAGAAGAGACGAUUAAGAUAAACGUUUAGCGGAGAAAGAGAAAGAAAAUAAAUGAAUGAAUGAAUGAAUGAAUGAAUGCAAGAAUGAAUGAAGGAACGAAAGAAUGUAAGAAUGAUAAGAACAUGUAAAAUCUAUAAUGAACGAAUUUAUGAUUGUGAGGAAUGAAAUAUUGAAUGAUGAAUGUGCUCAAUUUAUUUCAAAAAAAAAAAAAAAAAAAAAAAAAGUUCGACUUCUCUCGACUCGAUAAUAAAAAUAAUAAAAAUAAUAUCAUAUUAGAAUAUGAGAUCGAUGCACUCUCUCCAUGUGCCGGUGAUAUUGGUUAUCAUCUCACCGUAUUAUUUGCCCUGCUGAAAAUUUCCGUCUAAUGCAUCUCUAUGAUAUAUAUUGAUAUAUGAUAUAUGAUAUGAUAUAGCAUAUAGCAUAUAAGGCAUUGUGAAUCAUCAUAGUAGAUUUCUUCGAUAGAGAUUGUUUAUUGUAUCUACGUUUAAAACGAAAAAAAAAAAAAAACAAAAAAAACAAAAAUGAAAAAAAAAAACAAAAAAAGAGAGAUCUUUCCAAGGAAAUUAAACAAUUAAUGCGGACCACUGGAACAUUCCUAAGAGAGAAUAGAAAAAAGAAAAAAAAAAAAAGAUGACGGAUAGAACGAACUUUUUAUCUUGGAUUCUUUAAUUAUCUUGUAAUAACACAAUUGAACCGGUGAUUAUGAAAGUGGUCUAAAUAGAGAUAUAUUUAAAAGGCUAUUCUCGAAAAUUACACAAAAGAAUUAUUUUUAUCAAGAAUAUAUAUAUAUAGAUAGAUAGAUUUUCUAUUGGUCUCUAGAUAAUAGAAAAAUAAUUUUUCAAUAAUUCCUUCGUCCCAAUAAAAUAUUCCAUCAGAAAAGAUAUAAAUGACUUUGGAUCACAUUCAUAAUCACCGACUCUGAAUUAUGCUUUAUUAUAUAUUUAUAUUAUCAUUCAUUUAUAUAUUCUAGCGUUCGAUGAGAAAAUUCUUUUGUUUUAUUUAUUUCCUCAUUUAUUUAUUUUUCUUUUGUUAAUUCACGUAAAAAUUUAUAAUCAUGCUCUGCGAGAAUAAUAUUUGUUGCAAUCAGGCACCCGUUUAUAUCAUUGUUAUAGAUAGAAUUUUUGGCAGGGUAUACAUGUGGACCAAAUGUAUCGUAUCUAGAUCAUGUUUUAGACCAUUUAAAAUGAAAGAUCAUAGAUUAAAAACAAAUAGAAAUAUGGUUAUCGAUGUAAACGAGAGUAAAAGAGGACAAAAAAUGAGUAAUAUGAGAAAAGAAAAAGUAUAUAUGCAUAUAUAUAUAUAUAUAUAAAGAAAAGAAAGGAAAGAAAAAAAAAAGAAAGUGCGCGUUAAAUUAAGAUUUGAUUAUCCUUUUGAUUUAUAACAGAGCUAAAUAAAAUACUGGGUUUACAAAAAGUACGGAUAACAUUUUAAAAUGGUUUACGUUGAAACA